AAAGGCCAGAGCGGAAGUAGUGGUUGUUGCGUGGCGCGCAUUGACAAGAGCCCGAGGACACAUGAAGUGCUGGCAGAGGUUUGAUGUCUUGGAGCUGCUCCCACUUUUUAACACUUUUUCACCCUGGAAACCUCAUCAAUCUUUUAUAGAGUUUACUUUAGCUGGCUUUCCCCUCUUUUCACACACAUUGGACCGUCUUCAGCAACUUUUCAAGGAUUUCUACUUUUCCGGAGUUGAAGGGAUUAUUUCCAGGAGAAGGCAGGAGGAAGAAAGCAGGAGGACGAAGGAAGAAGGAAUUAGUAAAAAGUAAGAAGGAAGAAGGAAUUAGUAAAAAGUCAGAAGGAAUUAGUAAAAAGUAAGAAGGAAGAAGUCAGAAGUAAGAAGAAGGCAGAAGGAGAUGCGAUCAAUGGACGAGCGAGCAAACAAAGUUAGCCAACAUCUUUUAGCUGCUCCAUUAAAACCAAAAAGUUAAAACUGGAAAGUUAGCCAGCAGCCUUUAGCUGUUUGAUUAAAACGAGAAGUUUCUCCAUUAAAUGAACUCCGAUCGAUUUCACCUUUAGAGGCUUUUCGCCAGCUUUUUCACCUUCUCUUUCUGGGAAAUAUGCGCCACCUUCUGAGUUGAAUCUGGCAAAGUUGCAUCGCCGCGUGUGGAUCCUGGACACUCGGCUUUUGGAUUCUUGUUCGGUGGGACACUUGUUCUGCGUCUAAUCUCAACUCCGGAGUGUUUGUUCUGCGACCCGGGCUGCUGGUCCUGCUGGUCCUGGUCCUGGUCCUGGUCCUGGUCCUGGUCCUGGUUGUCCUGGUCCUGGUCCUGGUCCUGGUCCUGCUUGUCUCCCAGCCGCCCCUCGUCAGCAAGUUCACAUUUGCCAGGGAGCUGCUGCUGUCAGUUUCUGAAUGGAGUUCCAAUCGCCCAAGAGCCAACAGUUGUAGCUCCCUCAACAGGAUGCUGAUGAGGCCAAGUGUACUUCUGCUUCUGGCUCUCUUUGCCCAGGUUUUAAGGACACAGUGCCGUCCUGCUAACCCUGAUGACGUCUCCACAGAAACACCAGCAGAACUCUUCACCCUCUAUCUUGGAGGUCGCCUGGACCUAAGCUGUUCUACGAAGGACUCCCUUCAUGCUGUCAACUGGACUAAAGACCAAGUGGCCAUCCUGGACGGAGAACACACACGCAUCCGUAAUGGCCAGCUGGAGAUUGAGACUGUGGAGCUGGCAGACUCUGGCCUGUACACAUGCUCAACCUUUGGCAACCAAAGCAUCUUUUUCAACGUCACAGUCGAUACUCUGGCCUCGUCUGAGGACGAUGAUGAGGACGAAGAAUCUUCUUCAGAGGAGUCUAAACUGUUAGGCAGUCAAAAACUGCUUCCGAUGGCUCCACAGUGGGCUCACCCAGAAAAAAUGGAGAAAAAGCUUCAUGCUGUUCCUGCCAGUAAAACUGUCAAGUUUCGCUGUCAGGCCAGUGGCAACCCAAUACCCACUCUGAAAUGGUACAAGAAUGGUAAAGAGUUCAAAAGAGACCAUCGCAUUGGAGGGUUCAAGGUUCGUGACCAUGUGUGGACCAUCAUCAUGGAAUCGGUGGUGCCCUCAGACAAGGGAAACUAUACCUGUGUGGUGGAAAACCAGUAUGGGAGCAUCAAUCAUACCUACCAGUUGGAUGUUGUCGAGCGCUCUCCACACAGGCCCAUCCUGCAGGCUGGCUUACCUGCUAAUCGCAGUGCCGUGGUGGGCAGUGAUGUGGAGUUUGUGUGCAAGGUGUUUAGCGACCCUCAGCCUCACAUCCAGUGGCUGAAACACAUUGAGGUCAACGGGAGUCGUGUCGGUCCAGACGGCUUACCGUACGUCCGCGUACUCAAGCAUUCUGGGGUCAAUAGUUCGGAUGCUCAGUUGCUGACACUCUCCAAUGUGACAGAGGAGGACAGUGGAGAAUAUAUAUGUAAAGUCUCCAAUUAUAUAGGGGAAGCCAAUCAGUCGGCUUGGCUGACUGUCAGCAGAUUUGAGGCCACAGCCGUCCCACACUAUUCUGAGGCCAGCCACACCUACCUGGAGGUGGUCAUCUACUGUGUGGGCUUCUUCUUCAUCGCUGUCAUGAUUGCCAUCGUAAUCAUUGUCAAGAUACGCACCUCCUCCAAAAAGAGUGACUUCAACAGUCAGCAGGCGGUCCACAAGCUGGCCAAAAGCAUACCCCUGCGCAGACAGGUAACAGUCUCUGUGGACUCAAGUUCCUCCAUCCACUCGGGUGUGAUGUUGGUGCGGCCUUCCCGUCUAUCUUCCAGCGGCUCCCCGAUGUUGUCCGGGGUGUCUGAGUAUGAACUCCCCCAAGAUCCUCGCUGGGAGCUUCUACGAGAUUGUCUGGUUCUUGGGAAGCCCCUCGGCGAGGGCUGCUUCGGCCAAGUGGUGAUGGGAGAGGCGCUGGGUCUGGACAAAGAGAAACCAAACCGUGUGACCAAGGUUGCAGUCAAAAUGUUAAAGUCUGACGCCACAGAGAAAGACCUUUCGGACCUUAUUUCCGAGAUGGAGAUGAUGAAGAUCAUUGGGAAGCACAAGAACAUCAUAAAUCUGCUGGGCGCAUGUACCCAGGAUGGUCCUUUGUAUGUGAUUGUGGAGUACGCAUCCAAGGGCAACUUGAGAGAGUAUUUGCGUGCACGACGCCCGCCAGGCAUGGAGUAUUGUUACAACCCGGACCAAGUCCCUGUAGAGAACAUGUCCAUCAAAGACUUGGUGUCCUGCGCCUACCAAGUGGCCCGAGGCAUGGAGUACCUGUCUUCCAAGAAGUGCAUCCACCGAGAUGUUGCUGCUCGUAAUGUUCUGGUCACUGAGGACAACGUGAUGAAAAUAGCAGACUUUGGGCUGGCGAGAGACAUUCACCACAUUGACUACUAUAAGAAGACCACCAAUGGCCGCCUGCCAGUCAAGUGGAUGGCCCCUGAAGCCCUGUUUGACCGCAUCUACACACACCAAAGUGACGUCUGGUCCUUUGGGGUGCUGCUUUGGGAAAUCUUCACCCUGGGAGGCUCCCCGUACCCCGGUGUCCCCGUGGAAGAGCUCUUCAAGCUGCUGAAGGAAGGACACCGCAUGGACAAACCAACCACCUGCACUCAUCAGCUGUACAUGCUGAUGAGGGACUGCUGGCACGCCGUGCCCUCCCACAGGCCCACCUUCAAGCAGCUGGUGGAGGACCUGGACCGCUGCCUGGCCCUGACAUCCAACCAGGAGUAUUUGGAGCUGUCCGUGCCCUUGGACCAGUACUCCCCCAACUACCCCGACACCCGCAGCUCCACGUGCUCUUCAGGCGAGGACUCGGUCUUCUCCCACGACGCGGGCGCCGAGGAGCCCUGCCUGCCCAAGCUGCCCCCCCAUUCAAUGGCGGCGGCCAUCAAGAAACGCUGACACCUCAAAGGUUGAGACUUCCUGGGGGUGGUCCGCCCUCUCCUACAUUCCCAGAGAUGAAGACCUCCUCCCCGUUUGGGCAAAGGUUGAGACUUCCUGGGGGUGGUCCGCCCUCUCCUACAUUCCCAGAGACGAAGACCUCCUCCCCGUUUGGGCAAAGGUUGAGACUUCCUGGGGGUGGUCCGCCCUCUCCUAUAUUCCCAGAGACGAAGACCUCCUCCCCGUUUGGGCAAAGGUUGAGACUUCCUGGGGGUGGUCCGCCCUCUCCUACAUUCCCAGAGACGAAGACCUCCUCCCCGUUUGGGCAAAGGUUGAGACUUCCCGGGGGUGGUCCGCCCUCUCCUACAUUCCCAGAGAUGAAGCUCAGGACGCCGGCAGCUCGGUCGGAGCGCAGCUUCUUCUCUUUUUGCUGCCGCCGCCAGGACAGGUCUAAGAGGCCCCAGACGGGGGUCACAUGACAACGUAGGACAGGAGACUCCACAAUUGGCUUUUUCUUGGGCUUCACACACCAAAUAUCACCAUCACUAUUCUUGUAAAUAUAAAUAUGAAAAUAUAUUUACACUCUACUCUUAUUUUUAGGAGCAUAAUAGAUGUUUUGUCCAGGAAUGACUUUGACACAUUCUUCAAUAUAAUCUGUUUUUUCUUUGGUUUUCCAGCUUGAAGUCCCCUCGUUCCAUGUCCUAACUAGCCAGAGAAAAUACACGCUGGCUUUUCUAUUUUUGUAAACAUGCUUUUUCAUUGUAAGUCACGCAUGUCAGUGUCAUUUUCAAUGUUUGAGGGAGGCUGUGUCUCGGAGCGUGGACACAAUGUCAAGUCUGUCCCGUCUGGUCCCACUGAGGCUGCCAGCGUGGACACAAUGUCAAGUCUGUCCCGUCUGGUCCCACUGAGGCUGCCAGCGUGGUCACAAUGUCAAGUCUGUCCCGUCUGGUCCCACUGAGGCUGCCAGCGUGGACACAAUGUCAAGUCUGUCCCGUCUGGUCCCACUGAGGCUGCCAGCGUGGACACAAUGUCAAGUCUGUCCCGUCUGGUCCCACUGAGGCUGCCAGCGUGGACACAAUGUCAAGUCUGUCCCGUCUGGUCCCACUGAGGCUGCCAGCGUGGACACAAUGUCAAGUCUGUCCCGUCUGGUCCCACUGAGGCUGCCAGCGUGGACACAAUGUCAAGUCUGUCCCGUCUGGUCCCACUGAGGCUGCCAGCGUGGACACAAUGUCAAGUCUGUCCCGUCUGGUCCCACUGAGGCUGCCAGCGUGGACACAAUGUCAAGUCUGUCCCGUCUGGUCCCACUGAGGCUGCCAGCGUGGACACAAUGUCAAGUCUGUCCCGUCUGGUCCCACUGAGGCUGCCAGCGUGGACACAAUGUCAAGUCUGUCCCGUCUGGUCCCACUGAGGCUGCCAGCGUGGACACAAUGUCAAGUCUGUCCCGUCUGGUCCCACUGAGGCUGCCAGCGUGGACACAAUGUCAAGUCUGUCCCGUCUGGUCCCACUGAGGCUGCCAGCGUGGACACAAUGUCAAGUCUGUCCCGUCUGGUCCCACUGAGGCUGCCAGCGUGGACACAAUGUCAAGUCUGUCCCGUCUGGUCCCACUGAGGCUGCCAGCGUGGACACAAUGUCAAGUCUGUCCCGUCUGGUCCCACUGAGGCUGCCAGCGUGGACACAAUGUCAAGUCUGUCCCGUCUGGUCCCACUGAGGCUGCCAGCGUGGACACAAUGUCAAGUCUGUCCCGUCUGGUCCCACUGAGGCUGCCAGCGUGGACACAAUGUCAAGUCUGUCCCGUCUGGUCCCACUGAGGCUGCCAGCGUGGACACAAUGUCAAGUCUGUCCCGUCUGGUCCCACUGAGGCUGCCAGCGUGGACACAAUGUCAAGUCUGUCCCGUCUGGUCCCACUGAGGCUGCCAGCGUGGACACAAUGUCAAGUCUGUCCCGUCUGGUCCCACUGAGGCUGCCAGCGUGGACACAAUGUCAAGUCUGUCCCGUCUGGUCCCACUGAGGCUGCCAGCGUGGACACAAUGUCAAGUCUGUCCCGUCUGGUCCCACUGAGGCUGCCAGCGUGGACACAAUGUCAAGUCUGUCCCGUCUGGUCCCACUGAGGCUGCCAGCGUGGACACAAUGUCAAGUCUGUCCCGUCUGGUCCCACUGAGGCUGCCAGCGUGGACACAAUGUCAAGUCUGUCCCGUCUGGUCCCACUGAGGCUGCCAGCGUGGACACAAUGUCAAGUCUGUCCCGUCUGGUCCCACUGAGGCUGCCAGCUUCACGCCUGUCUUGCCUCUUUGAAAAGCUGCCAUGUUUGUUAGCUUCAGUCAACUUGCAUCUUGCGGGCGUGACCUUCUUAACCUUCUACUGGAACUGCUCUAACAGGAGAGACUCCUGCUGCCAAAACACUUGUGGACACAGAAAUGUCCUCAUAAAUAGACAACAUGUAAUAAAAUGCUUUUUUAAAGA